CCCUCUCAUCGUGACAGCUCCCAGCCCCUCGCUCUCCUCCAUUUCAGUCGCCGUCACCGUCGCCGUCACCAUCACCGUAGCCGGUGGUAGGCAUCGAGUUCAACCGCGUUGAUUGUCUGUCCUUCAUCCGGCGCCGAGUUUCUUGCCUCCUUUUUCAUUCUCGCUAAGUUCCAGUGCAUUUGAGUUGCAACUUUAGCUGUCAGAUGCUCUGCUAUUUUCUGGUGAAUAAGGCUAAAAUUGGGUGCUAAAAUCAGUUGCAGCUGCUUCACCAAUUCCUCUCCUUGCCUGCCACCUACAAGUUGGGAUUUAGAGUGUAUCUGCACAUUAAAUUCUGGAAAAUAGGGAAUAUGCCAAGUUUGAGCAUAAUGAAUUAGAAAAUUCGGCAAAGUUGAAGAUAAUGUUUGCAAAAAUGGUGGUCACUGGUGAAACUGCAUGGACGCCAGCUGCUGGUGCUAUUGUUUCAGAACAAGAUCUAGGUGAAGUAAGGGUUGAAGAUGCUUUUGAUUUAAAUGAAGGAUAUGGUGAUUCUGAUGAGGUGAACAUCAUGGCUGCACAAACCCAAAGAAGCAAUGAAAAAAGGAAAAGUACAAUGGGUAGUUCAAUUAAAGGUAAAGGAAAGAAAGUGAAAUCUGGGGGUGCAGCAUGCAUGCAAAGACAAUUGGAUCGUCUUUGUGAUGCAGUUGAAAGUUAUAUCUCAACUAGUUUAAUUGAAUCAUCAAAGAAGAAUCAUAGCAUUGCAAAAUGCAUGGAUGUUUUGUUGACUUUGCCUGGAGUUGAAGACGGUAAUGAGUUAUAUAUGUUAGGUACUCGUUUGUUUAUGAAACAAGAAUAUAGAGCAAUGUUUAAUAGCAUAAAAUCAGUCAACUCUAAAGUUGCUUGGUUAAAACAAGAGUUGGAGAGAGAAAAGUUUAACCUAGAGUUUGGGAGGAAGAAACGGUGGUGAAAGGCAUAUGAGAUAUUAAGUUAUGUUGUUAUGUAUGAUCUUGAGUUUUUAGUAUUGAUAUGUUAUUUAGGAUUUGAGAUUCAAAACUAGUAUAAAUGUUGCGGUUUUAAUUUUUAGUUUACAGAAUUUAAGUUUUUGGUUUUUAAUUUUUAGUAUUAAAAUAUAUGUGGUGUU